CCUAUUGGCUACUGACCAACUUCCGCUCAUUCAAACUAGCGGCGCGGCGGUUGAGUGACACCCGUCCCUGUGUCCGCCGUUUGAUAAUUGAGACCACUAUGGAGGGGGAGGGGGUAAUGGCGCCUCCGGCGGACUCUUCUCCACCCACCGGGAACGUGAAGGCCAAAAAAAGAAACGGACCGAAGCGGAAAUCUUCCGUCACUAGCCUGGCUGGUCCGAGCACUCCGGAGAAGGGCUGCACCAGGAGACAUUCUCUCAGAAGAGGGAGCUCUUUCACCUUUCUGACUCCAAGCACGCAAUGGGAUUUCACAUUGAAGAGGAAACGGAGAGAUAAGGAUGAUGACUCUUUCAGCCUUUGCAGCUUUGAUCUAAAGGAGCCGAGCACCAAGAGGGUACGGCCUUUAGCACGCGUAACAUCACUUGCAAAUUUGAUAUCUCCAGUGCGAAAUGGCGCAGUCCGACGCUUUGGGCAAACCAUCCAGUCAUUCACAAUGCGAGCGGAAAACAAGUCUCCAGGCAGUACACACAAAUCAUGUAGCAAGAUGGCUGCACCUACUCCUCCAAAACGAAGAAACAGUGUCCUGUGGUCUGAGAUGUUAGAUGUCAAUAUGAAGGAAAUGCUGAGCACCAAAGAAAUUAAGCGGCAAGAGGCUAUAUUUGAAAUGACCAGAGGAGAACAAGACCUUAUUGAAGACCUCAAGUUGGCAAGGAAGGCCUACCAUGACCCAAUGCUUAAGCUAUCCAUUAUGUCUGAGGAGGAGCUAGCACAAAUAUUUGGAGAUCUGGAUGCCUACAUCCCUCUGCAUGAAGAACUUCUAACCAAACUUGGAGAAGCGACAAGGUCGGAUGGAACAGUUGGACAGAUUGGUCAAAUUCUUGUAAACUGGUUGCCACGACUCAAUGCAUAUAAAGGUUACUGCAGCAAUCAGUUGGCAGCAAAAGCACUUUUGGAUCAGAAGAAGUUGGAUCGUAGAGUCCAAGAUUUUCUACAGAGAUGCCUAGAGUCCCCCUUCAGUCGCAAGUUGGACCUAUGGAGUUUCCUCGAUAUUCCAAGAAGCCGUCUGGUCAAAUACCCCCUGCUUAUCAAAGAAAUUUUACGUCACACUCCCAAAGACCAUUCCGAUGUGAAGGGUUUAGAGGAAGCGCUUUGCUUAAUCCAAGGUGUUCUUUCGGACAUUAACCUGAAAAAGGGUGAAUCUGAAUGCCAGUAUUACAUUGAUAAGCUGGAGUACCUCGACGAGAAACAAAAAGACCUGAGGAUAGAAACAAGCAAGUCUCUACUGUGUCAUGGAGAGUUAAAGAAUAAAAAUGGCCAUAAACUGUACCUGUUCCUUUUUCAAGACAUUCUGGUUUUAACACGCCCAGUUACACGGAAUGAGCGUCUUUCUUACCAGGUUUACAGGCAGCCAAUUCCUGUACAAGACUUGGUUUUGGAGGAUCUUCAGGAUGGCGAUGUAAGAAUGGGAGGCUCCUUUAGAGGGGCAUUCAGCAAUUCAGACAAAGCUAAAAACAUCUUCAGAGUUCGGUUCCAAGAAGCCUGCCUAGGCCAGAGUCACACACUCCAAGCCAAUGACGUCUUUCAUAAACAGCAGUGGCUGAACUGUAUUAGAACAGCAGUUGCCCCAUACCAGCAUGCAUCACCCACUGAAUUAAAGGAGCUGCCGGACCUCAGUGAGGAAUGUGAAGAAAAUCACCCCCCAGUGCCAAACUCCAAAGCACAGAGGCGAUUGUCCACCAUUUCUGGCAUUGUAGAAAUGGACCUUGAAGCCAAUGCUGACUGUUCUAUUGCAGACUCCCCAGAGGAUUCUAAGGCUGGGAAAAUUAAAAGAACACUGAGCGGCAGUCGGAAGUCACAGCAAAGCAUGAAGCGGAAAGAAACCUUGGUCUAAAUUGCAAAUUGCCUUUUGGCUGGACUUGUGUUUUAUAGAUAUGUACAUUGUUAUCUUUUAAAUGUGAGUAUACUGGGAUUAUUUCAUGGAUCCUACUGUAUGUUACCCCAUGUUCCCUUUCAGUGGCAGCUACUGGUAUUCAGUUAACACUGUUAAAGUAGAGUCUUCUUCCCAUUCCCAAGAGAGAAGAAUAAUAAUCAGAAUCAAAUAAUUUAUUGUUAUCAUCCCGACAAUGACUGUUUUGAAACAGUUUCUUUUUCUGAGUGUAGGGCAUUACAACUACUUCUUGCCUGUAAUUUUGAGGUAAUCCAAGCGUAAUGUGGUCCAGUUACCACAGCCAUAUUGGGUGUUUUGCUCACCUUGGAGUUCUCCAACAGCAAGGUCUUGACUGUAAUCUGAGCCAGUAAUUUUUUAUUUUUUUUCUUCAGAAUGUCAGAAAUACCCAAAACAUUGUUGUUUUUA